AUGGGGAAGGACGAGGAUGAGCUGGCGUGGCCGCUGUCGUCGGUGUUGGGGGAGCUGCGACUCCUGGGGCUGUGGGUGCCGCCGCCGGGCCGCCGACUGCGCCACCGGCUGCUGCUCGCCUUCGCCAUGGUCUCACACAUCGCACUCCUCUUUAUGGUCAACGGCAGCUUCAUAGUGAACACCCCUAGUGAUCUCCCGCAAAUCUCUUUCGUCGCUUACAACUGCUUGACCGACAUCGGGCUCACUUCCAAGAUGUUCUCGUUUUCGCUGGACGGGACCCGCGUGACGGAGCUGUUGCGGCAGCUGGCGGUGUCCCGUCAGCGCUUUGCUGACCAUGCAGGGCACAGGGCCCGUAACCACGCCACCGCUGUCAAAAUGCAUCGAUUUCUGCAGGUGACCUACCGAGUGAACUCAGCGUACUGGUUUGUUGCUCCCAUCAUCAGGAUCAUAACGGCUCCAAGGUCUGAAGAUGGUUUACCAGUCAGGCGAGAUCUGCCCAUUCCUAUGUGGGUGCCAUUCGACACCCAACCGUCGCCGGUCUACGAGAUCCUGUACUGCCUACAGUUCGCUUUUGGAUGGGCCGUGUCUGAGACCACGGUGCUCGUGGACGUCUCGCUGAUCGCACUCAUGCUGCAGGUCUCCGCGGAGCUGGCGGUCCUCAACGACAACCUCACCGCUGGAACUGGGCCGCCCUUGCAGCUCUUACCUGCCUCAGAGUGCGAGACCAGCGACUCAAAGCUCCAGUCUACCAAGAAAUUACCGUCGUUGUUGGAACUGCCAUAUCCUGACUCUCUGUAG